AUGUCCCUUGUUGCAAUAAAAAACGGUAUAUCGAAACUUGUACUGAAAAAAGAUGCCUCCGAUGCUGAACUUGAAAGAGUGGAAAGAUUAAUAGAUAGCAAUCAAAUUCCGUAUGGAUCAACCGACAGUAACGAUGAAAGAGCUCAACAAAUUGCCAGAGAAGAAGCUAUCAUUCAAGCUGCUGCAUCGAUAUCAGCAGCAUCAUCUAGCGAAAACAAGGAAGGUGAAGGAGUCGACAGCAUUACUGCAUUUUUCAAUACUUUUGACCCAAGGGUUAUGUCAGAUAUCAUUAUUGGGUUGUCUGAUGGAUUGACUGUCCCAUUUGCAUUAACGGCUGGUUUAUCAUCAUUAGGUGAUUCCAAAUUGGUUAUUACUGGUGGUAUGGCUGAAUUGGUAUCAGGGGCCAUUUCCAUGGGAUUAGGUGGUUAUUUAGCAGCAAAGUCAGAAUCCGAAUAUUACUUUAGUCAAGUUAAAAAGGAAAAAUUGGAAUUCUUCAAGAAACCAGAGGCAAUUAACCAAGAUGCCGCAGAGAUUAUGUUUGAAUUGGGGGCCAGUGAACAAACUAUAAUAUCAUUUUUAAAAGAUUUGGAUGCAAAACCAAAAAAUUUAAUAGAUUUUGUCAUCAGAUACGGUAAGGGUUUGGAAGAACCAGCAGCAGGUAGAGAAUUAACAUCAGCUCUUACAAUUGGUGCCUCAUAUUUCCUUGGUGGGUUUGUGCCAUUAUUGCCAUAUUUUUUCACUAAAGAAGUAGGUACUGGUUUAAUAAUAAGCGUGGUGGCAAUGUUGGUGGUGCUUAUGUUAUUUGGUUAUUUCAAAUGUAGUAUUUCCAUGGGUGAAGGUUGUCCAAAUCAUAAAAAAUUUGCUGCUGGUUUUGAAAUGGUUGUUGUUGGAUCAAUAGCAGCAGGUGCCGCUUGGGGAUUAGUGUUCUUGAUAGAGUAA